CUGCUGUAUCUUUUAUCAUUCACAGGGAAUUAUUAUCAACAGGGAGAGAUCCGUAAAGAGGAGCUUGUACAGAGCUGUAAGGUUCUAGGGAUCCCUCCUUCCAAUGUGACCGUCCUGGACCACAGGAAACUUCCAGACCAUCCGUCCACUGACUGGGACGUACCUCUGCUUGCGGAGCUGAUCCUCUCACAUAUCAAAACCUACCAGAUCAACCUGGUUGUGACGUUCGAUGCCAGGGGAGUGAGCGGGCACCCGAACCACCGGUCUGUCUACGCCGCCGUCAGGUCCUUGCACUCGGAGAGGAAGGUUCUGGAAGGUUGUCAGUUCCUUAUCCUUGAGACCGUGAACGUUUUCCGGAAAUACAUUUCCAUCUUGGAUGCCCCCCUCAGCUGCUACAAAGACCAGGAUGUUGUCUUUAUAUUGACGGAAAAAGAAACAGAAUUGGCCAAGAGGGCGAUGUGGUGCCACCACAGCCAGCUCCUCUGGUUCCGCCGCCUGUAUGUGACGUUCUCACGCUACAUGGUGAUCAACUCACUGCUUUUCCUCUAAUGGGGAAGAGAUUUCAGAUUAACUGGGGACGCAGAGAGAAAGAGAGGAAGACUCGGCUCCCCAGGUCCCUGCUGAGUGGAAAAAUGGCACAGGACCUGCUCCAGACUGAAUGACCUUCCUGAAUGGGAAGCUGCGCUCAGUGAUUCUUCCAUGUGGCGUCACAAAUGUCUACUUCCAGCUGCCACUUACGUUCUUGUUGUGACGACGGAAGCGCAAGGAACCACUGGGGAAUGUACCUCAGUUCCUUCAACUUGAGCAGGACGUGCGUUACGGUGCAGUGUGUAUUGUGCAGAAGGACGGGGGGCGAUCCUCCCCCUUCGGAUGUAUCAAAAUACAGGACAAAUGCUUUAAAAAU